CUUUCAGCCACUGGAAAAAGAAAAUGAUGAAAACAAAAGAAGCAAAAGAUGAAAAAGGAAUAGAGAAGGAUUUGAAGCAAAGUUUAAGAUACGUGGAACCCUUUAUAAUGGCACUCGGUGUCUGGCCACUUCCUCCAGAAUCGUCGUUGUGCAUGAAGAUAUUACAACGGGUUAUUCGUUCCAUUAUUAUUUCCUUGGCGUUGUUCUUCGUCAGUCCAGGUUUUUACUACGUAUUCUUCAAGGAAAAAAGCAACAAAAGGAAACUGCAAAUAAUAACGACGUACAUCAACAGCUUCGUCCAGUUGAUCAAGUACAUUAUUAUAUUGUACAGGAUGAAAGAUAUAAGAAUACUAUCGGAGGAGAUAAGGAACGAUUGGCUACACAGCACAGAAGAAAAUCGACGACUCUUUCGUGAGAACGCGAAAAUCGGUGAAAGAGUGGUGUUCAUAGCGGCCUUCACCUUGUAUUCUGGUGGUUUCUGCUAUCGAACUAUUCUUCCACUGACAAGGAGCAGUAUUGUUUUACCGAAUAAUAUUACUAUACGAAUAUUACCCAGUCCAACGUACCUUCCAUUUAUCAACGAACAGAUCACUCCAUAUUAUGAGAUAAUUUUCGUAUUACAAGUUUUGAGUGGUUUUUGCAUCUACACAGUAUUCAGCGGAGCCAUUGGGAUCAUGAUGAUGAUAUGCUUGCAUACAUGCGGCUUAAUAAGGAUUUUAAUGGACAAAUUGGUGGAUCUCACCGACAAGUCGAAUACCAGCGAGGAAAUUAUUCAAGAGAAGAUGGCAAAUAUCGUUGAGUAUCAUGGGAAGAUCAAAAAAUUCUUAAGUAACGGACAACAGCUCUCCGAGUACAUUUCCUUUCUUGAGCUCUUUAACGGCGCGGGUAUUGUCUGUUUGAUAGGAUAUGCUGUCAUAGUGGAGUGGGAAAAUCUUAAUACCGUCACUAUAGUGGUGUGCUUUACACUGCUAACAACUUUCACGUUCACCUGCUAUACGAUCUGUUCUAUUGGCCAACUUCUUCUCGACGAAAGUAAUAAUCUUGCACAAACGUGCGUCACGUUAAACUGGUACCGUCUCCCGAUGAAACAGGCUCGGUAUGUGGUACUAAUGAUGAUUAUGUCGAAUGAUCCGAUGAAAUUGACUGCGGCGAAAGUGAUGGAUGUAUCUUUAUCGACCUUUAGCGAUAUUAUGAAAGCGUCAAUGGGAUAUUUAAAUAUGCUACGGAACGUGACUUAAUGUCUUAUUAAUUUUGCACAAAACUUAUGAGGCGUAGUAUAGUGUCACUUAGAGAUCUUAUAGCAAUGAAUGCCGAGGUAUAUUUUUUAUUUUAGUUUACUAGAUUUUACAGUUCCUGGACUACGUGUUUCCAGACACUUAUGCAAAUACCGAAAUUUCAAAACUUCUUGUAUAAUAACUGCAUGUAAUAUAUUUCUGAAAGCUUUGUAUAAGUGUUCAAAUUUUUUCGCGAACCACUGCAACAAUGUAUCAGUUGAAAAGCAGUUAUCGCCAAGAAUGACAUAGUAGUCUGCUAUCCAACUCGGCGCAGUUUCUGUCCUCCAUGAAAUCAUUCGCUUCAUUCUACGAUAACAGGUAAUUUCAAAACCAUAGUGCCCGUAAUACUUUAAUAAUCGAACUGCAAAUAUGUAUGUAAGAUCACAUGGUAAUUCAGGUGAUCGAUUCUGAAGUCUGGAAAUCGAGAAGCGAUUUUCAACGUCCUGAGCUACCGAUCUUUCUCCGUCAAUCUUCAAUAUUUUAAAUAAUUACUCUUUCUUCUAUCUUGUCUAUCUCUGAUGUUGCUCUCUGUCCGUCCGUUUGGGAAACGAGUGUCUCUCAAAAUCUCUCGUAAAACAAAGAAAGUCGUUCUGUCUGUGAAACAAAGAAAGUCACUAUCACCCUUGAACUCUAGGGAGUUUACAUGUAUAUACAUACUGUGUAUACAGCUCUUCUCCCUUAUGUAUAAUACCCUUUUACGUCUAUAUCUUUUUUAUUGAAACUUAUUGAGUGACAAUAAAUAAUAAACAAAUUUUAUCCUCUCGAAAAUGUAUAUCAUUGUAAUAUAAUUUCGAAUUGGCCGAAUAUUGCAAAAUUUAUAUUAAAAUUUAUGUAUCUAUUGUUUGUACUGUCUAUUUGGAAGUAGUUGGCUUCUGUGAAUGAUUGUGAUAGAAAUCUAUUUGCGUCGUCAUAUAUUUCGAAGCCGCACCGUAACUAUAACGUGUCGAGCAAAAUAUUCGUCGCUUUCUGGACAAACACUCACUUUCGUAGAUUACGAAGGAUGCUGCUGGUAGCUCGUCAUUACGCAGAUCUCGCGAAGAAAUAAUUCUUGAAACAAGUUUCGGCGUUUAAGAUUGUUGGCCACUGUCCUUCAUUCUUAAACGUUUCGCUUCUUAUCAGACUCGGUCGUUUCGCCUGGAUUGAGCUAGGAAUUUUAGAGAAGUAAUCGCAGAAGCGUCUUGAUAUUCUGAGAUUUUUAGUCAUUGCCCUGCAUUCUUGGACGUUCCGUUGCGUCCUUGGGCGUCAUGACGGAAUCCAGGAGCUGUUUUGGUAGCACGAGGUGUUAAUCACUGCCCUUCACUCUUGAAUGUGUGUGUGACUCCAACGCGUUAUCGCGAAUCCGUAUAAACUACCAACAUUGGAGACAUUUUAGAGACUACAAUUGCACAUCUCUCAGACUUCCUAGGUGUUGUGGGUAUUGGGCUUUUUUCACAGCUUAGUAUGUGUCGCCACAAGAGUUACUUUUCCUGGAAACGUUUCCUGGAAAAUUGUUGAACCAGCAUUAACAAAAUGAUUCAUCAUCGAAAAUCACGAUAAAACAAAACUCCGCAAAACACUGUAGAAACACAUAAUUUUCUGGAUACAGAUAUUUCGAUAUAAAAUAUGUGGUAUUUCUAUGGAAAAUUAUAUGCAGAAAGGUAGAUGUUCCAGGAAGCUACUAGAUUAUAGGGAUACAGUAGAAAGGGCUACUGGCGAUGCAUUGGUUCAAUUCGAUAAUUUGAAAAGUUUCCACCAUAUCUACCGGAAAUCGAACUCCAAAUUACUCUCAAGAUACGUACAAUUUCGCAGAAUGAUUACUGCGAUUACUAAAUGUGAUGGCAGACGCCAUUCGAUACUCACUUCGCGAUUCUUAAAAAUUUAUGAACGCGAACGCAGUCGUAUCUAUGCCGCUUGAAAGGAGUAAGGGUUUUACCCUCCGAAAGAGGUAGUGGUCUUGCUCUUCGAAAGGAAUUUCAUCACGCACACGUGACUAAUCAAGCUCGAGCUAUCAGACAUUGGAAAAAAAUAUGAUUAAAACAGAAGAAGUAUCAAACAAAGAAGAAAGGGAGAGGAACUUGAAACAAAGUUUAAGAUACGU